AUGUUUUUAUUGUUAAGUGUACUUAUAGGUUUAAGCAGUGCCCAAUUUUUACAAGACGGACAGUGCGAUGCGAAUAUCCAAUUAGAAGCUGACUUUAAUCUUGAAGCUUUCACAGGGAAAUGGCACAAUAUCGAAGGUACUCCCAGUCCUCUACAGUCAGGGGACUGUUCAACUUUGGAAAUCACAUCACGUGGUGCCAUUACUUCUGAAACUAGCACGUUAGAUGUAAAGUUAAGAUCUGUGCACGAAAACUUCCUUAGGGAAAACAGUGGAGUGAUCACUGCGAUAAAUGGAACAGCGAAGCUCAACAUUGACUUAGACUCUAGUGCUGAACCAAUAAUUUUUCAAAUAAUGAUCACAAAUUAUGAAAAUUACGCACUUGCAUUCAGCUGUGAAAACGUAGGAAAUACGCAAAGAAAUGUGUACAUCUGGCAACUUGGAAGGGAUACCUCAUUCCCAACAGAGAUGAUCAUCAAUCUCAUGAACUCUACAUUGUACCGUAACUUCCAACUGACAAGCGCGGAUUUGACAGUCGUAGAUAACUCUGACACCGCCUGUCAUGUUCUGCCUGUCAUUCCGCCUGGACAACCUAUUAUAUUAUCUGGACAGUGCGAUCCAAAUUUACGAGUUGUGCAAGAGUUUAAUCCCGAACGAUUUAAAGGGGUGUGGCAUCAAAUCUCGUCUUAUUACACACCAAAUACUCAAGGGAAGUGCAACAGGGCAGAAUAUACUGUUCGAGGAGAGGUCGUAGAUGUAGUCAACAGUGAAGUUAUCAAUGCAACUUUGAGAACUAUAACUGGUACAGCAACUAUUGCCAGCUCCGAUAGAAGCGCAAGACUGAAUGUGACUUUGGAAGUGACACCGAAUAAUUUUGUGACCCAGCCGCUAUGGAUUCUAGCAACGAAUUACAAUACCUAUGCAGUUUCCUAUACGUGCGUGGACUUAGAUGAAAAUCGGAAGCAAGUGACCAGCUGGAUCCUAAGCCGAUCACGUAACCUAACUGAUGGAGCGAGAACCGAAGUUAACUCAGUAAUUAACUCCUACUACGAUUUAAGCAGACAGUAUUUUGUGGACGCUGACCAAACUGACGAUGCUUGCUUCUAUCUUCCUCCGCCAACUGGGAAGGCUGUCGUGUUUCGGGGCCAAUGUGAUGAGAAUAUAAAAGUGAUGACGAACUUUACAGCAUCUCAGUACCUGGGCCUUUGGCAUAACAUCGAGUCAUACCCAUCUCCGAACCAACCAGGAUCCUGCAGAAAUGCAAGGUAUUCAUUGGCUGAUGAUGGUACCGUUGAUGUCUUCAACACUCAAGUCAUCGGAGAGGAACUUCUUACUAUUAACGGAGUAGCCACCGUAUCAAACGAUGGCAGUGCCAGACUGAAAGUCAGUUUUCCAAUACCUGGAACCAAUCGAACAACUUUAACUGACUACUGGAUCCUUUCAACUGAUUAUGAGUCAUACGCCAUCGUCUACUCUUGUACAAAUCUUAACGAAGAUGAAAGAUCAGUGUUUGUCUGGAAACUUAGUCGAACAAAGGAAUUACCUGCAGAAGCUGAUACGGCAUUCGACGUUGUUAGUAGAGACAUUCCCGUGAUAAAUCAGAUGUACUUUGAAAAGGAUAAUCAGAACAAGACUGCUUGUUUCUAUUAUCCUAAAGAGAGACCUGGAGUCCCUGUUGUGUUCCCAGGAAAGUGUUCUGAUGAUGACAUCCCUGUUAUAAAUAAUUUUAACGCAAGUUCUUUCACGGAUGUAUGGUAUGAAAUCCAAGCUUACCCAAAAGAAUUUCAACCCGGCCAAUGCAUCAAACAUGAGUAUUCCCAAUCAGAAAAUAACCUAACACUAACAACAUCUAGCGUUGAUAAUCAAUUUCUUAGAAUUUCCAUAAGUGAUUUAGUUACAAAUGGAUCUAGUGGAAAAUUAAGUAUUAACACAGUUGGACCCAAUGGAACAACAAUAACAAUACCAUUUUGGAUUUUGAGCGUAAUCUACAACGAUUACGCCUUCGCUUACAGCUGCAUGGAUUUAGAAGAAGACCGCCGAGCAAUUUACAGCUGGAAACUAAGCAGAAACCAAAGCAGACUCUCAGCAGAAGCGAGUCGAAAUAUAGACAACGUGAUGUCAAAUGUAGUCGUUCUUGAAAGUCGUUACUAUGAAAAUGUAGAACAAACAGACGACGCCUGCUUUUAUUUGCCAGAUCUGGCACCUGGUGAACCCGUUAUACUCGAAGGCCGAUGUGAUUUGGAUAUACCAGUUGUCGAAAACUUCAACGCAACUGAGUAUUUAGGUCGUUGGCGCUUAAUAGAAUCCUAUCCAGCUGAGCAACAGACUGGCACUUGCAAUGAAGCAUAUUACUCCGCUGGAAGCGGGAACACAGUGGACGUUGUUAACUCGCAAGUAGUUGGCGAUGAACUUAACAGUGUUACCGGUACUGCAGAAGUUGAAAGUAAUGGAAAGCUAAAAGUUACUUUUCCAAAUAGUCCAGAUCCAGCAUACAUCACGAUUAUAAAUACCGACUACAAAUCAUAUUCCCUUGUCUAUAGCUGUACCAACCUACCUGAUAAUAAAAAAAGAAUAUUUAGUUGGAAACUGAGUCGUACAAGAAGCCUUACCCAAGACGCGACGAACCGCAUUAACACAGUUAUGAACAACAUUCGAGAAUUGAAUAAUAAAUAUUUUCAAAAGGUGGAUCAAUCAGAUGAUGCCUGCUUUUACCUACCACCUCCUGGACCAUAUCCGGUUAUAUUCCGUGGCCAAUGUGAUCAGAACAUAACAACGGUCCCUAAUUUUGAAGCUGGUCGUUAUCUCGACUUAUGGCACAAUAUUGAAUCGUAUCCAUCAACUUUCCAAACUGGUACAUGUAACAACGCAUUUUACUCUGCUGGUACUACUAGCGAUGUCGACGUAUAUAAUACUCAAGUCAUCAAUAGACAACUGGACACCAUUCGAGGAACAGCUAAUCUCGCAGGCGCCGCGGACGUUGGAAAGCUUAUUGUUAGCUUUCCCAUUGUAGGCACUAAUCAGACGACGUCCACAGAUUACUGGAUUCUAGCUACUGAUUAUAUUUCAUAUGCACUUGUUUACACCUGCUAUAAUGUAGAUGAAGAACAUAGGGCAGUGUUGAGCUGGAAAUUAAGUCGUUCCAAAUCGCUAACACCUGGUGCACAAACUGCUAUCAACGCUGUAAUAAGCACAAUCCCAGUCCUUAAUCAAAAGUAUUAUGAGCCCAAUAACCAAAGCGCCGAAGCAUGUUUCUAUUUCCCUGAUCCUGCACCUGGGAAGGUCGUCGAGUUUCCUGGAAAAUGUGAUCAAACCAUUCCUGCGGUGCCUAAUUUUAAUCUCACAGCUUUUAGAGGUACCUGGUAUGAAGUACAGGCGUACCCUAAGGAACAACAGACGGGACAGUGCGUUAGCCAUACUUACUCUGAAGCCGGCUCAAAUGCCUUGCGGCUUAUUUCAAAACAAGUUCUAGACCAGGGUCUAAUACAAACUAAUAGCAAUGUUACAUUUACGUCUGCUCAAGACCCGAGCGGCAAAUUAACCAUCACUAUUAGAACCAAUGGAUCAGAAGUCGAAAUCCCUUUUUGGGUUUUAAGGACAGACUACGAAGAUUACGCGUUGGCUUACUCUUGUGUAGAUAUCCCGAAUGAUAGACGAAGAGUGUUCAGUUGGCAAUUGAGCAGAUCUAAAACAAUGUCCGCCGCUGGCAAUCAAUCUAUAACUUCUGCGAUGAGUGACAUUGAUGUCUUAGACCGUCAAUACUAUGAGAAUAUCGACCAAUCCGACUCUGCCUGUUUCUACUUACCGGAUGUUCCCAUGGGAGAACCUGUUAUAUUCCCUGGGAUAUGUGAUACUGAUAUACCAGUAGUUAGAGAUUUCAACGUCACCAGGUAUGGCGGCCGCUGGCGUAUGCUUGAAACUUAUCACUCAGAUUUUCAACGUGGAGCAUGUAACGAUGCAACGUACACGUUACUCAAUGACGGUACGGUCUCAGCACUUAAUAGUCAAGUCAUCAAUGAAGAACUGGACACCAUUACUGGAAUCGCCUCCUUAGCCAGCUCCGAUGGAUCUGCUAAGCUCUCUGUUAAAUUUCCUACAACUACUGAAGCUGCUGAUUACUGGGUCUUGCAUACCGACUAUGAUUCAUAUGCAUUAGUAUACAGCUGCAAAAACCUUGAGAAUAAUGAGAGGAGAGUAUGGAGUUGGAAACUAAGUAGGACAACAGAGUUAAAUUCAACAGCUAACGACAAUAUUAAUGCUGUUAUCGAGAGAACGAACGUACUAAAUAGCAGGUACUUCAAGAAAAUAGAUCAUUCAGUCGAUGGUUGCUUUUACUAUCCUGAAGAUAAUGGUCAGCCAUUAGUAUUUAGAGGACCAUGUGAGGAAAAUGUUCCAUUAGUUAACAAUUUCAAUGCUUCUAAUUAUUUAGGAUCCUGGUACGAUAUAGAAAGUUACCCAACUGCCUACCAAUUUGGUAGUUGUCCAACCGCUAAUUACACCCUUAAUAAUGCAGUGGUAGAUGUCUAUAAUACUGAAGUAAUUAACAAAAGGUUGUCAUACGUUAACGGAGUGGCUGUACCCUACGCUGAUGGAUCUUCUAGAUUAACUGUCUCCUUCCCCAUACCUGGAACUGCUCUUAAUACUAGUACGCCAUACUGGGUACUCGCAACUGACUACUUAAACUAUGCAUUGGUAUAUUCUUGUGUUAACGAUGAAAACAAUGAAAACAGUAGAGUGUCAAGUUGGAAACUCAGCAGAACAAAAUAUCUAUCAGAAGAUGCGAAUACGCAUAUAAACAACACUAUGAACUCAGUAAAAGUCCUCCGUAACAAAUAUUACAAAGAGAGGGGUCAUUCAGACAGCAACUGUUUCUAUUUCCCCGAUAACAACGGCGGUCCAGUGGAAAUGCUGGGAGAGUGCGCAGCUAACACCAUAGCCGUUGAUAACUUUGAUGUAGAAGCGUUCACUGGCCCUUGGUACGAAAUAUCAAGAUUCCCCUCAGAACUAAAAUCUGGUGAAUGUGUUUCCAACGAAUUUGUUUCUUCAAACAAUGGCUUUACAAUGAAGAAGACUUACGUGUCUGCUGAAGAGUUGGUUGAGGCAACGGGAUCAGCCACCCUCUCUAAUGAUAGAAGAGGAAUCCUGACUGUUAAUCUAACUGAUGGAAGUGGAGCUACAUAUGAGACUACUAUGUACGUCAUAGAUGUCAACUACACUGACUAUGCCCUACUUUAUGGCUGCAGAGACAUCGGAGAAGGGAGAAAACAAGUAUACAGUUGGAAACUCAGUAGGCGGCAGGCUGGAUUAUCACCUGAAGCCGUCGAUAGUAUAAAUAAAGUCGUAUCAGAUUCGCUAGAACUUUGGGAAGGGUACUAUGAAGACACAGACCAAACAGACAAAGGCUGCUUCCACUACCCCGAGUAUGAUACGUUACCUGAAGAAAUUGUUUUAAUAGGACGCUGUGAUGACAGUAUCCGAGGAGUGGGAAACUUCAACGCGAGCGCUUACUUAGGCAACUGGAUUGAGAUAGAGAGCUACCCUCAACGAUUCCAAAAUGGCGACUGCGCAAGAGCGUACUACACCUCCACAGAUGGCGUCGUUGUCAAUGUAAUGAACACUCAAGUAGUUAAUCGCUCACUAGAUGUCGCUUAUGCAACUGCUAGAGUCGCGUCCAACGACGGCUCUGGAGUUUUAGAUGUUACCUUCACUAUGCCAGUAUCAAUUACAUCGAACUACUACAUACUCGCUACGGAUUACGAAAGUUACGCUCUUGUAUACAGCUGCCGAAACUUGGAAAAUGGAAAGAGACAAGUGGGCAGUUGGAAGCUUAGUAGAGGCAAAACAUUAAGUCCAGACGCAGAAACUAUUAUGGACAAUGUUAUUAGAAAUACCGAAGGUCUCAUACAACGCAAUUACAAAUCUACAAGUCAAACGGAAGAUGCUUGUUUCUACAUACCAGAAGCAGAUAGGAACACGCCUCCAGUGUUUAGGGGACAAUGUCAAGAUGUUAAAGGUGUGGAAGGAUUCGAUAUAGAAAAAUUCGUGGGCUGGUGGCAUGAAAUCGAAAACUACCCAAGUAGCCAAACUGGAUCUUGUAUCAGUUCUGAGCUUGUUGCUACUGGAAAUACAUACCAAAUGAUUGAUACCAGUGUACGAAACAAUAGUGCCACGGUUAUAACAAGUACAGUCACAGCUUCCAGUGACGGAAGAUUGAUUAAGACGUUCAGCGAUGGCAGUUCUGUUGAAUUAUUGGUGCUUGUAACGGAUUAUGAAACAUUCUCGCUACUAUAUUCUUGUGAAAAUAUCAAUGAUGAUUACAAGCGUGUAUGGAGUGCAAAGCUUUCCAAAACCCGAGAGCUAUCAGAGGACGCGCAGAAUGUCAUUUCACAAUAUAUGGAAUCCAAUCGAGUUUUGGAAGAGAAGUUCUAUUUCUCAGUAGACCAGAGUGAUUCAGUAUGUUUCCACUACCCUGAAACUACGGGAGACCGGACCAUCAUACCUGGACAGUGUGAUGACAGUAUAUCAGGCGAAACAUCUUUUGAUGCUGCACAGUAUACCGGAACCUGGUACCAAAUUGAAAGGUAUCCUCAACGCUUUGAGAGUGGCAACUGUACUGGAGCCAGGUAUAGCUACAACACUUACACUAGCGUCAUCACAGUCGAGAAUUGGCAGGUCAUUGACGGUAAACUGGACACAGUUGAAGGAAAUGCAACUGUCAUCUCAGCCGAUGGGAGUGCCAAACUGGUCGUCAACUUACCUGUUCGCGGUACAGAUGACCCGAACCCUCCUAUGGUCUCAAUGGAUCUCUAUAUCCUGAAAACAGAUUAUAUUUCGUACUCGCUGGCGUAUAGCUGCGUCAACGUUGGUCCUUAUCAAAGAGCGAUUGGGGCAUGGAAGCUCAGCAGAACGCGAACGAUGACAGAGGCUGGCAAUACUGCUAUAAACACAUACGCUGCUAACAGACAAGAAUUUAAUGAGGAUUAUUUCCUCAAAGUAGGCCAAAGCGAAACGUGUGCCCAACCCAGUUCGGGAGUAUUAGUUAAAAGCGGAAUUAUAGUUCUAAUUAUAAGUAUUACUAUUUUAAACUUCCUUUGA